UGCUCUAAAUAGGUACUUCGCCCUGCAACGCGUCCUCUUUCGAGACUGGAAAAUCCAUUUGCACUUCACUGAGCAGUAAUCAAUGCUCUAGAGCUUCUCUAAGAGUGAGUGGAACAGCAUCAGAGAGUGGAGCCAGAAUGUUGAGACUUAUGAGGAGAGUUUCAGUGGAUUCAUGGAAGUCAUCAAGUUUAUGCAGUAAGCAUGCAUAUUUCAAGAAGACAAAAAUGAGAGUUAUGAGUGUGACACAGCAAAACUGCAGUCUGAGAAAGUACAGUGCUCUACCAGGAGAUGUUAAGUCUCUGCGUUCUGUCAUUAAUCCUGAUAUAUCCAGGUACGUCAUGCUGGCUUAUUGUUUCGAUGUAACUGGCAUGGUAAAGUUUGAAAACAUAGAUAUAUUCUUGGACAUACAAGCCUUUGACAUGAAGAGGUCAAAUUGUCCUGAUGAUUCUCUGUUUUUUCCAGCUGAGUGUCUGUUGGCUUGCAAAGGUUACUUCUGCUUACUUCAGUUUUUUCAUAUUUGCAAGUUUGAAGUACAGUCAUUUAUACCCCUCAUGGCUGUCACUGUAUGGCUGGAGAUUUUUCAUGUUUCAGGGAGGAGUACAAGCUUUCUCUCUCCCAAUGGUGUUUUGCCUGACAGCAGCUUUAUAAGUGUUGCAGAUCUGGAUGAUGAAUUUGCUGAACUGGUUCUAGGAGAACACAGUGAAAAUUUUGACUUAAUAUCAGCUGAGAAGUUACAGUCUGCUAUCCGGAGAGUCACACUAGCUCACAAAGCUGUCCCUGUCCUCUGUGGCAGUGCGCUGAAGAACAAAGGAGUGCAGCCACUACUGGAUGCCAUCACCAUGUACUUGCCUGCACCUAAUGAACGUUCAUAUGAGUUUCUGCAAUGGUACAAGGAUGACCUGUGUGCCCUAGCAUUUAAAGUUCUCCAUGAUAAAUGUCGUGGACCACUAGUUUUUGUUCGUGUUUACUCGGGUUCACUGAAACCUCAGUCAGCUGUAUAUAAUAUUAACAAAAGUUGCACAGAGAGAAUGAGCCGGCUGCUCCUGCCUUUUGCUGAUCAGCACAUUGAAAUACCAUCACUGAUGCCUGGCAACAUUGCUCUUACCGUUGGGUUAAAACAGAGUGCCACUGGAGAUACCAUAGUGUCAUCAAAGGCUUCAGCAGUCGCUGCAGCUCGCCGAGCUGGAAGGGAUACUGGGGAGAAGAAGAGGUCUACAAGUGAUGUAGACAGCCUUCUGCUGGCAGGUGUUGAGAUCCCUGACCCUGUCUUCUUCUGUACUAUUGAACCUCCUUCAAUGGCCAAACAACAAGACUUGGAUAAUGCAUUGAGCUGCCUUCAGCGUGAAGAUCCAAGUUUAAAAGUGAAGAUAGAUCCUGACACAGGACAAACUAUCCUCUGUGGCAUGGGAGAACUACACAUAGAAAUCAUUCAUGACCGAAUCAAACGUGAAUAUGGAAUUGAGACUUAUUUGGGACCUCUUCAAAUAGCAUACCGAGAAACCAUCUUAAGUGCUGCCCAAGUUACAGAUAUAUUGGACAAAACAGUAGGAGAUAAACGACACUUUGUAACUGCAGAGUUAGAGGUGAGACCCAGGUCAGGGGACAGAGCAGGGACAAAACCCAUCAUCAACUAUGCUGAGAGUGUUAUUGAAGUACUACCCCAAGAACUCCAAGGAGCUAUAGAAAAUGGAAUCAUGAAUUCAUGCAUUCAAGGACCUCUGCUUGGAUUCCCAGUUCAGGAUAUAGAUGUGACAGUGCAAUCACUGACAGUGCACCCAGACACCUCCCACACAAUGGUAUCAGCCUGUGUCUCCCGUUGCAUGCAAAAGGCUUUGAAGAAAGCUGGUAUACAAAUACUGGAGCCCCUGAUGAACCUAGAAAUCACAGUAAGUGAAGAUCAUCUCAGUGCAGCACUUGCUGAUCUUGCACAGCGGAGAGGUAGUAUUCAGGAAAUCCAAAGUCGUCAGGAUAACAGAGUUGUGGUUGCUGCUGUUCCGCUUGCAGAAAUGAUGGGCUACUCAACGGUUCUGCGUUCUUUAACAUCAGGCUCAGCAACCUUCACAUUGGAGCUUGCCAGUUAUCAAGCCCUGAACAGUCAAGAGCAAAGUGCACUUCUUCAGAGGAGGAUGGGGUUGGUGUGAUCACUUUACUCUGUAGAACGGUGUUUUCUAUCCUCCAUGUUAAAUAUUUUCACAGGUACACCAGUAUGUUCGCCUGGGACUAACUGGUGGCGGUAAAUGAUGAGUCAGCAGCCAUAUAAACAGACUGGGCUCUUAACUGUCCAAGGGGGAAAGUUUAAGAGCCUGUUCUAAUGG